AUGGGUUCAAUACAUGUGUGUGAGAGCCUAGAGAAUGGGCGGCUCGAUAUCCAACUCGAUAUCCAGGACGAUAUCCAGGACGAGAUCGGCGAGCGACUGCCGGCGGAGACGAAUGGUCAUGGCUUGCCAUCAGUCGAACUAAUCGCUGUCGACUCGGAUCUGGUCUCGGUCUCAACACCAACAUCAGUAAGUCAAGAGCUUCUGCUCUUGUCCUGGCUCAUGGUCCUCCAAAGGACUCGGGAAGACAGUCAGAUCGGUUAUGAUUGGGCCUACAAGACCUCGGAUAACGGGGCCGAUGAUGAGACGGCCAGCACAAUGCGAUUCUCUGUAAACGAGGUUAUGCCAGACUUCGACAGCAGCGUCGAACAGUCUGCUGCGGCCAUCUCUCGCCAUAUCGCAUCGGCCUCGCCAAGGCCUACCUCUGCCUCCCCUGUCUCGCUUUUGUUGAGCACCGGUCCGUUGGCCCAAGCAAGCGAGAGCAAGGAACCUUUGCUUCAUAUUGAAGUGCAUUUCGAUGAAGAUGGGCACCUCAACAUCAACCCAGUCUGGCACAAUGAGUCCAUGCUCCCGUUCACCGUGAGGUGGCAUGUCGAGUCGCUGGCCGACACAGUCAAGCUGUGCAUGGCAAACACUGGUGCGCCAGUACGGAGCCUCUUGGGCCCAACCAAGCAUGACUUGGACGCCAUAUGGGGAUGGAACCACGAGCUGCCCCCUACCAACGACUUCUGCAUGCACGAUGUCAUAUCCGAGCGGGCACAGCGGCACCCGGACAAGGAGGCCAUCUCGUCUUGGGACGGGAGCCUCACAUACGGGCAGAUCGACCGGUACUCGACAUAUCUGGCCCAAUUUCUGAGGAAUGAACUAGGUGUCCAGCUGCAAGACUUCGUGCCGCUAUGUUUUGAGAAAUCCAGAUGGACCAUUGUUGCCGUCCUGGCUGUCAUGAAAGCAGGGGCAACCAUGGUGAUGAUGGACCCGACACUCCCACUUGCCCGCCUUCAGAACAUGAAGGAGCAAGUGAGCGCAAAAGCCAUGGUCUCGUCACGCAGGCAACAUGACCUGGCGAAGUCUGUUCUGCCAGACGGAAAGCUUCUGGUUGUGGAACAGGAGACGUUUGCAGAUAUGCCAAACCCACAAGAAGCGCUGCCUCAAGUCCCAGCAUCGGCUCUCAUGUACAUUAUAUUCACAUCAGGGAGCACCGGCACUCCGAAGGGCGUCAAGAUCUCCCACCAGACCUACUCGAGCAGUGCCAUCCCACGGGCCAGAGCAGUAGGAUACACAGAGGAGUCGAGGGUGCUUGACUUUGCGGCAUACGCCUUCGACGUCAGCAUCGACAGCAUGCUGCUGACCCUCGCCAACGGCGGCUGUCUCUGCAUCCCAUCGGACGAGGACCGACUGAACGACAUCAACGGGGCAAUGCGGGCCAUGCGAGUCAACUACGCGGGUAUCACACCAUCGGUGGCCCGCAUCUUGGACCUAGACCUCAUUGCAUCCCUCGACGGUCUUGGUCUCGGAGGCGAGGCCGCCUCGGCGCGAGACGUCAACCUUUGGGGCCAGCUCACACGCAUCAUCAUCGGAUACGGCCCCUGCGAGUGCACCAUCGGCUGCACAGUCAAUAGCAGCGCCGCCAAGGGCAGGGACUACAUCUCGAUCGGGCCGGGCAACGGGGCGGCCAUCUGGAUUGUCGAUCCCAACGACCACGAAACCCUGUUGCCGGUCGGUGCGGUGGGUGAGCUGCUCGUCGACGGCCCCAUUGUGGGACAGGGGUACCUGAACGACCCGGAGAAGACGGCGGCGGCCUUUAUCGAGGAUCCGUCUUGGCUCACCGCGGGCCACGGGAAGUACCCUGGCCGCCGUGGGCGUCUCUACAAGUCGGGGGACCUUGGGAAGUACGACCCUGAUGGCUCGGGCGAGAUUGUGUUCGUUGGGCGGAAAGACACCCAAGUGAAGCUGCGGGGUCAGCGGGUCGAACUCGGUGAAAUCGAGAGCCAGCUGAGAGCCAGACUGCCCCAGGACACCAACGUGAUCGCCGAGGUGAUUGUUCCCCAAGGGUCCGCUCAAGGACAGCCCACGCUGGUGGCCUUCAUUGCGCCGCGGUCGACAGCGCACGGGAAAGAUUCCGACUUGGAACAUGCCCAGUUACAUCCCGAGCUCGCCUCGGCGCUGUCUAAAGCCGACGCCGAAAUAGGCCAAGUGUUGCCGCGGUACAUGGUGCCUACCGCUUACAUCCCGGUCAACAGGAUUCCGACCUUGAUCUCUGGCAAGACCGACCGCAAGAAAUUAAGACAGUUUGGCGCGACUGCCGAUUUGCGACAGCUGACGGCAGACCAAGUGGCAUUAGCGGACGAUGCUACCCCUGAGUCCAACAACCGGCCCCUGACUGAGAUGGAGCAACGGUUGCGGGAGGCAUGGGCCUUGACACUGAAGCUGGACGCCGCCAACAUCCAGCCCAACGACAACUUCUUUGCCCUGGGCGGCGACUCCCUGGCCGCCAUGCGCCUGUCGUCGGUUUGCCGAGACCAGGGCUUCGAUCUCAGCGUCAUCAGUACCUUCGGGAACCCCACCCUCGCUGCCAUGGCAGCGGUUGUCGACAGUCUCGGUGCCAACAAAGAGGAAAGCGAGAGGCCUGCGUUCAGUCUGAUUCCGCAGCCUGCCCACAUCGCCAUCGAGGAGGCAGCUCAGGUCUGCGGGAUAGACCCAGCCAACAUUGAGGAUAUCUACCCCUGCACCCCUACGCAGGAGUCCCUGUUCACCUUCUCCAUCAAGUCUGCCGAGGCCUACAUUGCCCAGAGAGUGGCAUGCAUCCCCGAUCACAUCAGCAUCAACGACUGGAAGGAUGCAUGGGAGACUGUCGUGGCAGCAACCCCUAUCCUCCGAUCUCGCCUAGUACACCUCCAGGACCAUCCUGGCCUCAGCCAAGUCGUGCUUAACCAGCGCAUUCAGUGGCGUCAUGUUGCAACAGAACUGGAGCAAUUUCUCGAGGAGGACAGGAACGACAAGAUGAACCUCGGACAAAGCCUCGCCCGGUAUGCUGUCGUUGAUCCUCCCUCCUCCCAGGACAAGCGAUACAUGGUCUGGACGCUGCACCACGCCGUCUAUGACGGAUGGUCGGAGCCACUCAUCCUCGAGAAAGUCCGCGGCGCCCUUAACCACACCCAAUCAAGAAAUCCUUCUUCUCCGAGCAGCACUAUGGGCGAUUUCGUCAAGUACGUCUGGGAAACAGACGAGGCCGGCAUGCAAGACUUUUGGCGACGCGAGCUGCAGGGCGCCGUCGGCUCUCAAUUCCCACGCGUGCCCUCGCGCGACUUCCUCCCGAACCCAGACACCAUCCUCGAGCGCCGCAUCCCCUUCUCGGCCCUCACCAUCGCCGGCCUGCCGUUCACGCUGGCCACCUUGAUCCGUGGCGCUUGGGCCCUCGUGGCCUCGCGAUACUCAGGUAACGACGACGUUGUCUUCGGCGAGACGCUCACAGGGCGCGACAUUCCUCUUCCGGGCGUCGAAGCCAUCGUCGGCCCGCUCAUCGCCACCGUCCCCAUCCGCGUGCGCGUCGACCGCUGCGGCGACGUGGCCUCGUAUCUGCAAGCCAUCCAGCAGGGCACGCUCGCGCGCACCCCCUACCAGCACAUGGGCAUGCAGAACAUUCGCAAGGUCAGCCGCGACGCGCAAUACGCCUGCGAGGCGCCCACGGGCUUGGUCAUCCAGCCUGCGCCGGAGCACGAAGCGGGGAAGGAGCUCGGCUUUGUCCUGGGGGAUGUUGUUCGUGAAGCGAUUCACUUUAACCCGUACCCGCUGAUGCUGGCGUGCGGGAUCGAGGUGGACGGGUUUAGAGUUUGUGCUAGCUUUGAUAGCAGCCUCGUCGGCGUGUGGCAGAUGGAGCGCAUUCUGGCGCAGCUCGAGACGGCGUGUGCUGAGUUGAGUAAAGAUUUGGGAAGGAGGCUUGAUCAGGUUCCAUGUCUCCCUUCUGCCGAGCUCAACCAGAUCUGGAGUUGGAAUCGGGACCCUCCGUCAUUGGUCUUAGAUGCGACGACUGGGAGACUGCGGACAGAUGUUACUGCUGUCAAGCCGGGGUCUGUUUAUCAGCCCCGAGUGGUUGUCCCUUGGGUGUGUGAUCUGCGGAAUCCGUCCAUACUUGCGCCCAUCGGAUGUCCCGGCGAGAUGUGGCUUGAAGGGGACUUCUUGGCUGGCGAUGGCGUUGUCGAGUCGCCUACAUGGCUUGUGGCCGGGGCAUCCCAAUAUGCCGGACGAACAGGCAAGGCCCAGUCAACCGGGGACAUUGUCAAGCUUCAAGAGGACGGCACCUUGGUCUUUAUUGGCCGCAAAGACAUGAAUACCUCGGCCCAGGGGCACGCUGCGGACCUAACCGAGCUUGAGGUGCACUUCAAGAGUUACCUCGAUGCAGAUGUUCGAGCGGCUGCAGCUAUUUCUCGGCCCCAGGGGUCGCCCAAGCAGGAGCUGGUUAUCUUUGUGGAGCGACCGCAGGGUUAUGGGACCAAACCCAGUGUCGAUGUCAUGUCAGCCAAGCACACCAUCGACGUCUUGGACAAUGUGUCGAUAGACGUCUGCGCCGCGGUUCCCGUCGGCCUUGCUUCGGCGCUCAAGAAACUUGACAAGUUUGUCCAGAACUCUCUCGCCUCGCACCUCGUGCCCUCAGCCUACGUCGUCAUCGACAGGAUGCCCGUUCAAGGAGAGCAGGUCGACCGAAGCCUCCUUCAGGAGCUUGCAUCCAAAAUUCCCGGUCAGGCACUCGAACAGCUCCGCGAAGGAUUUCAGGAAGCGUGGAAGACGACCAUACCGACACAACCCACGACGACAACGGCCGCAGAAGACAUCUUGCAGUCUGGCUGGGCCAAGAUCCUCGGGCUCAGCAUCAAUCAGAUCGAUGUCGAUGACAACUUCUUCCGUCUUGGCGGCGACUCGGUCCUGGCCAUGAAGCUGGUCUCCCUUCUACGGAGUCAGGGCCACGGGCUGACCGUGGCCGACAUCUUCCGCCACAUGCGUCUCGGCGACGCAGCUAAAGUGCUCAAAGUGAAUCAGUAUCAGAAAACUAACGGGACCACUCGAAUAAUGGCGGCACGCGAGCCAUCGCCGCCCGAAUAUCAACCCUUCUCGCUGCUGACCCUUGAGGACAAAGAACGAUUCGUCACUGAGAUAGUACGUCCGCAACUGGGCGAUGCGACCUGGUCCGUCCAAGACGUGUAUCCGGUGACGGAUCCCCAAACUCUCGACGUCAUGGCCACCAUUCAACCGCCACGGACAUCACUCCAAUACACCAUGUUGACGUUUGACGAGGGCGCUAUCGACCAUGAAGGGCUACUCCAAGCUUGCAGCAAGUUGGUCGAAGCCCACGAUAUCCUGCGUACGGUCUUCAUCCAACACGACUCUAGCAUCUACCAGGUUGUCCUUAAGGACCUGGAGAUGUCAAUUGCGAUCCACCAAACCGAGGCCACGGACAUGGAGCAAUCGGCCAAGGAGCUUUGCGUCUCCCAUAUCGAGUCCGGUGCCUACUGCCUCGGCAGCCCCUUCCUCCACAUGUUCCUGCUCGAGAACACCGCCGGGCAGUCCUGUCUGAUUAUUGGACUCUCCCAUGCGCAAUACGACGGCGUCUCCCUCCCCAACCUUCUCCGCGACUUGGAGACGCUUUACGCCGGCAAGGCCCAACUUCCCGGACCAAUCCCGUUCUACUCCUACCUCCUCCAGAUCCACAAUCCGGACUCCCUAUCCAGAGCUCUCACCUAUUGGCGCACCCUCCUCUCAGGCGCCUCCCUGUCCGUCCUUCCAGGCCAGACCGCCACCACAAGCAGCAAGGCGAUUUUUCGAACCACCCCAGUCCCCAAGGAAGUCAGCCUCCCUGCCCAAGCGGGAAUCACAACAGCGACACUCCUAACCUCGGCCUGGGCGCUGCUCCUGGCCCGCCGCCUGCGCACGCCCGACGUUACCUUCGGCGGCAUCACGUCCGGCCGGACGCUCGAGACCUUCCCCGAAGCGGAGAACGUCAUGGGGCCGUGCUACCAGUUCACCCCGGUCCGCGUCACCUUCCAGAGAUGGUGGACGGCGGCGGAUCUGAUGGGGUUUGUGCAGCGGCAGGGGGCCGAGAGUAUGGCCUGGGACUGGGUCGGGUUCGGGAAGAUAGCGAAGGAGUGUGGGUGGUUGGAUUUUACUAGUGCCGGGAAUGGUGGGGAGAAAAAAGGGGUGGCGUACUUUGACUCGGUUGUGCAUCAUCAAGACUGGGAGGACUUUGAUGUCAUGAGGUUUGCAGGCCGGGAGUGCAAGGUGGGGAUUGUGAACCCACAUGGGGAUGCCGCGUCGCCGAUGAAGAUUGUGUCGUUUGUUAAGGGGGGGGCGAUGUAUGUCGGGGUCGUGGGAGCGGAGGAGGAUGAGAAGUUGGUCGAAAGUGUGUUGACAGAGUUGGCAGCUGUGGUGGGAGAAUUGGCGAGGGGUGAAGGAAGUGGGUUGUUGGAUGAAAAGGUAUUUAUGAGUGCUUAG